UCCUAGGUUGGCCUGGGGAGCUGAGCAGAGUCAUGGGUUCUCUGGUCCUGCAGCUGAGCGCUGUCCUCUGCCUGGUGGCUCACUCGGUUUCUGGCAGCCCCAUCAUGGGCCUUGAGCAGUCACCCCUGGAAGAAGACAUGCCUUUCUUUGAUGAUAUCUUCACAGAGCAAGAUGGUAUUGACUUUAACACACUGCUGCAAAGCAUGAAGGAUGAAUUUCUCAAGACACUGAACCUGUCGGACAUUCCCCUGCAGGACACAGCCAAAGUGGAUCCGCCAGAGUACAUGCUGGAACUCUACAACAAAUUCGCCACUGACCGGACCUCCAUGCCAUCAGCUAACAUCAUCCGGAGCUUCAAGAAUGAAGAUCUGUUUUCUCAACCGGUCAGUUUUAAUGGGCUCCGGAAAUACCCUCUCCUCUUCAAUGUGUCUAUCCCUCACCACGAAGAGGUCAUCAUGGCUGAACUCAGGUUGUAUACACUGGUGCAAAGAGAUCGUAUGAUGUAUGAUGGUGUGGACCGUAAGAUCACAAUUUUUGAAGUGCUAGAGAGUGUUGAAGGCUCCGAGGACGAAAGGAGCAUGCUGGUCUUAGUGUCAACAGAGAUCUACGGAACUAACAGUGAGUGGGAGACAUUUGAUGUCACAGAUGCCACCAGGCGUUGGCAGAAGUCAGGCCCCGGGACCCAUCAGCUGGAGAUCCACAUCGAGAGCACACAGAACCAAGCUGAGGACACCGGAAGGGGACAACUGGAGAUAGACAUCAGUGCCCAGAAUAAGCAUGACCCUCUGCUUGUCGUGUUCUCUGAUGACCAAAGCAAUGACAAGGAGCAGAAAGAGGAACUAAACGAAAUGAUCACUCAUGAGCAGGAUCUUGACCUGGACACCGAUGGUUUUUCCAGCGGGCCUGAUGAAGAGGCCUUGUUGCAGAUGAGGUCUAACAUGAUCGACGACUCUACUGCUCGAAUCAGAAGGAACGCCAAGGGCAAUUACUGCAAGAAGACUCCACUCUACAUCGACUUCAAGGAGAUCGGCUGGGAUUCCUGGAUCAUCGCGCCUCCUGGGUACGAAGCCUAUGAAUGCCGUGGUGUCUGCAACUACCCUCUGGCAGAGCACCUCACACCCACAAAACAUGCUAUUAUCCAGGCCUUAGUCCAUCUCAAGAAUUCCCAGAAAGCUUCCAAAGCCUGCUGUGUGCCCACGAAGCUGGAUCCCAUCUCCAUCCUCUAUUUAGAUAAAGGUGUUGUCACCUACAAGUUUAAAUAUGAAGGAAUGGCCGUGUCUGAAUGUGGCUGCAGAUAGGAGAGGAGUUGC